GUGUGGUGGAAGGAGUUAGUUAGGCAGACUACAGCCAGAACGAGUCCCUAGCGAUGCUUUCCUGCCUAUCGUAUGCGCCACUCUCGAGUCGCCCAUGUGGUUCACCUGCUGACAAAGAGGCAGAGGAUGAAGUGCUAGUGCUUAGUAUUGGGCCUUCAUUCAAGUACGUGGUACCGAGCUUUGACGUUCUAGCCGUUGCAAUGAGACCGAUGAAGAUUAGAGUUAACGUCGACGGACAAGAUAGAACGUAUGACAUAUUCAUUAGAACAGACAACUCGCUCAAUGGGCACCUCCUCCCAGCCAUGAUGAGAGUGAAAGAUUACGCGCUUGUUGAGGAGUGUGAGUUCAGCGUGUCAGUGAAUCUUUCAAACUUUCAUUUACCACCACAAGGUGUACUAGUUGCGUGGUUGUGGGACUGGCAAGAAGAAAGUAAAAAUGAUACACCUGCAGACGUUGAAAGCCGUGAACAACACAAUCCUUACCUGCAGUCAGAGUCAGAGUCAGAGUCAGAGUCUGGCAAAAGCGAUAAUGAAACCACGCAGUUGUCCCUACCAACAAGGACUCACACUGUUACUUUUAAA